UACAGAGGCGCCUGAAGGUGAAAUAAGAAUAAAUAGAAUUUCACUGGAUAACAGAUUCUCUCUCUCUCUGUCUCUCUCUCUCUCUCUCUCUCUCUCUCUCUCUCUGAGACUUAACAGUCUGUCUCUUGAAGAAGGUUUUUUUUUUCCUUUUCUUUCGGUUCUGUUGUCACCAGCUCGACCUCUGGACUGGUCCUCAGCACCAUGGACAGCGCCUUGAACCGCCUGGACGCUGCAGGUUUCUUACAGAUCUGGCAACAUUUCGACGUAGAUGAUAACGGUUACAUCGAGGGGAAGGAGCUGGACAGCUUCUUCCAACACAUGCUGGGAAAAUUUGGGAUGAAGAGGGAGGAGAUAACUGAAGACAAAAUCAGAAGACUGAGAGAAAGAUUCAUGUCUGCUCACGAAACCGCAGCUGACGGACGUCUGCAGAUAACAGAGCUGGCGACCAUGAUGCUGCCGGAGGAUGAGAACUUCCUGCUUCUGUUUCGCAGAGAGACGCCGCUGGACAACAGCGUGGAGUUCAUGAGGAUCUGGAGAAACUAUGACACAGACAGCAGCGGCUACAUCUCAGCGAUUGAGCUCAAGGGCUUCCUCCAGGACCUCUUCCUCCAACACAGGAAGUCCAUCACCCCUGACAAACUGGAGGAGUACACGGACACCAUGAUGAAGAUGUUUGAUAAAAACAGGGAUGGAAGAUUGGACUUAAAUGACCUGGCCAGGAUCUUGGCCCUGAAAGAAAACUUCUUACUGAAGUUUAAGAUGGACGCUUGCAGUCAAGAGGACAGGAAGAGAGACUUUGAGAAGAUAUUUGCUCACUAUGAUGUUAGUAAGACAGGUGCAUUGGAGGGUCCGGAAGUGGAUGGAUUUGUCAAGGACAUGAUGGAGCUGGUAAAGCCAAGCAUCAGUGGCACAGACCUGGACAAGUUCAGGAAAGCCCUGAUGGGUCACUGUGACAUCAAUGGAGACGGGAAGAUCCAGAAGAACGAGCUGGCUCUCUGUCUAGGCCUCAAACUCAGCUAACGGACCCUCGCAACGACUGACUUUUUUCCUUUCAUUCCUUCUUUCUUCCUACUCCUUAUUUAAACUUCAAUUUUCUUUCUAUUUUUCAAUUUGAAUGUGCAUAUUUUACUCUUUUCUGCCACUUGACUCAUUCCUUCUCCCAUCCUACUUUCUGGAAGUAAAUCUCCUCUCUUACUGGCUCUGGUGUUAAAAGACCCAUGAAUCUACAUAUUUUAUGUUUGUUAAAAUAAACAGAGGGUAUCUCCAUAAUUUUAUCUAUUUUUCUGUAUUAAAAUUCUUUGCAGAGGUUGAAAUAAUGCUUAUUAAAUGUGGAUUUAUGAUUCAAAUAUAGUUUUGAGUUAUAAGAUUAAAGAAAUCUGUUUGUUGUUUUCAUGACUGCACAGUGUGCUGCUUUUUUGUAACGUGGUAAUAUAUGAAACAGUGUUUGCAUGACAAUAUUGUAACCAGUAACACGAAUGAUGGUUAAUAAAAUGUAUUUCAUCUUUG